AUGACUGUCGACAACCCGUCCAUUCGUCAGAUCACGGACGCUGAUCCGGACACGGUCGACCGCUUGGCAGCCGUUAUGGCUGAGGCGUUCAACACCCGCGAUGACCCCAUGUACGAUGCACUUUACGGCGGCGACACUGUCCCCGAUGUCGAUGACUUUAACCUCGUUCGCUGCAAGGGAAGAGUCUACGAUGCAAUCGUGAACAAGCUUGUCUUUGCUAUUGAGGAGGGGGACAAGAUCGCGGCUUUCGCGACUGUCUUUCCGCCGGGUGUCCACUCUACCAAGCCGACGCAGAACCCGUACAGCGCAGAGCUCGAAGCCCGAACGCCGUCGGCAAUCCUCCCCACCCAGAACCAUUUCCAUGACACCAUCGACUCGUUUGAGCGCAACGCAUUCGGGACGGACCAUUAUUAUGUCUGCUUUCUCGCAACCGCGAGGUGGGCCCGCCGUCGAGGUCUUGCAGCGCGUCUCCUCGAUCAUGUCCUCGAGAUGGCGAGGAAGGAGGGCAAGAUCACGACGUUGACGACUGCGACGGAGAGUAACGUGAGCACUGUUAGAAGGAAGGUCACUGAUUGGCAGGUCCCCUACUAUGAGAAACAGGGAUUCAAGCUUGUCGCCAAGUCAAACGUCGAGCUGCGCGGCAUCGAUGUUCCCCUGUGGGCUUUCAUCAAGCAAUGA